CUACCUAUCAGUUAGUGCAGAGCUCAGAGUUUCUUAUUACGUGUGAACUGAACUAGCACGUGUUGAGUCUGUGAUUAUGUGUAUUUUUUAAGAAAAUAUAUAAUUGUCUUAAUUGAUUAGCCCCUAGUAAAACGAUUGUGAACGUAAGAUGGCAAAAUUCUGUUUAAAAAAGGGAAGCAAAAGAGUUUCCGCACGAAAAAGGUACAAGAUUGAGAAAAAAGUGCGCGAGCACAAUCGCAAGGUCAGGAGAGAGGCAAAGAAAAAUCCGAAGAGCAAGAAAAAAGCAAAUACCGUCCAAGUGCCAAAUUCGUGUCCAUUCAAGGAAGACAUAUUGAAAGAGGUGGAAGUACUUAAGAAACAGCGAGAAGAAGAAAAGCAGAAACAACGUGAAGCAGCUCGUGAGAGAAAGCGUGAACAGUUGAGCGGAAAUCUAGAGGGGCUCGUGACUCAGGCUCAGAAUAAACAAAUUCAACAUGAUUCUUCGAUAGUAAAAUCCUCUGCCAAUGAGACAGAGAAAAAACCAGUCAAGCGAGAAGAAAACUCUUUGAAAGCACAUUACAAAGAAUUUAAAAAAGUUUUGGACUCUGCUGACGUGAUCCUUGAAGUUGUCGAUGCAAGAGAUCCUUUGGGAACAAGAUGCAAACAGGUCGAGGAGGCGGUGCAAACUGCAAAAGGAAAUAAAAGGCUCGUGCUGGUCUUAAAUAAAGCGGAUUUAGUACCUAGGGAAAAUUUGGACAACUGGCUUAAAUAUUUGCGUCGCAGUUUACCGGCAGUAGCUUUUAAAUCAUCAACACAAGAUCAAUCUAAGCGAUUGGGUAGAAAGAAACUUGGUAAAAAAACAGAGGAUUUGAUACAAGGAGGCGUAUGCUUUGGAGCCGAAUUACUGCUAUCCUUGCUGGCUAAUUACUGUAGAAACAGUGGAACAGUAAAGACCAGCAUUCGCGUCGGUGUGGUUGGCUUGCCAAAUGUUGGAAAAUCUAGCGUUAUUAAUUCUCUGAAAAGAAGUAGAGCAUGCGAUGUUGGAAACACUCCAGGAGUCACAAAAUGUGUCCAAAUGGUGCAACUGGAUUCAAAAAUCAAGUUAUUAGAUUCUCCUGGAAUAGUAUUCGCCAAUCCCCAACAGGAUAAAGAUGGUCCUGAUGACUCCUCAGUUGCCCUUAAAAAUGCUGUACGAAUAGAAGCCCUGCAAGACCCAUUUACACCAGCCUCAGCGAUAUUGAAGCGUGUGUCCAAGAAGUACAUGAUGGAAUUGUAUGAUAUUCUUGAAUAUUCUUCUCCCGACGAAUUUUUUGCCAUGAAAGCCGCAAGGAUGGGCAAAUUCAAAAAAGGUGGAAUACCAGAUGCUACAGCAGCAGCCCGAGGAGUCUUAGCUGAUUGGAAUUCAGGAAAAAUUCGAUACUAUACGCUGCCUCCAGAAGAUUCAGCUUCGCAACUAUCUGCUGAAAUUGUACAACAGUUUGCAAAAGAAUUCGACAUUGAUAGUUUCGCAACUGAAGAAGCUAUGAUGUUGGAUCACGUUGGAGCAGAAUCAGCAAAGGCAAAUACAGCUGGAAGCCUUGUUUGUGACAGUUCAGGUCCUGUUGAUGCGGCUAUGGAAAUUGAAAUUCAAGAAAAGCGCACGCAAAAGAAGGUGGCCGUACUUGGAGUCGACAAAAAGAAAGCUAAAAAAGGUGACCCUAAAUCCACUGCAAUAGAAGGACGGAAAAAAAAAGUUGAACCACUCUUUGAAAUCGAAGGAAAUCAAAAAUUGAAUAAACUAAAUAAGAUACAGUUUAAAAAACUCAAAAAAGAACGAGCAAGAGGAGAAAAAGCAGCAACAGGACUCGCUCAAGUAUUAGAAGAUAUACAGAUCACAGCCUCAGAUGACUACAACUUCGAAACUGACUUCAAACCCAAGUAAACAUUAUUACGAAUACUGGUACGCAGUAAUCUUUAAGGGGAGGUAAACCACUAUUUGUUGGGAGCUAAAAAAUAAACAUUACGUUCAUAAGUAUGAUUGUAAUAUAA